AUGAGUGAAGAAGAGGAAAAUGAAGUACGAAAGAAUCGAGGAAAUUCGAUUAUUAAAAAAGUGGGUUAAGAUUUCGGAUAGUUAAGGAAAACUAUUAUAACCGUUCCAUGAUUACUGUAUGAAGUAAGAUGUAUCAUUUUUCGGUUAAAAGUAGAACCCUCGAAAUUUUGAAUUUAAAUAAUCGAACCUUCAAAAAAUUGAAAAUGCAAAAAAAUUCAUACGAAAAAUUACUGUUGCGAAAAAUAAUUGACCAAAAGACGAGGGUAAUUCAAAAAUGGCGAGGGUUGAUCAGACAAGGGUUCUACUUUUGACCCAUUUUUCAGAAAUCAAGAAAACGAAAAUGUUGUUAUUGUAAGAAACCUUUAUUAUCUCAUCAAUUGACAAAAGUUCCAACUGAUAAGAGGAUUCGUAAACAAUGGAUCGAAACACUCGGAAAACGAUUCAGCAACAAUUUGAAAAAUGUUAAGAUGCCUUUGAUUUGUCGAAAACAUUUUAAAGGAAAUACUGAAUAUCGAUUGAAAUAUCAACUUCCGAUUCGAAUGGAAAAAAAGGAGAAGGAAGAUGAAGACGAUGAAGUGGAAGACGAAAAUGAAGAAUUUGAAGACGAGAAUGACGUUGGAGUGAAUGCAACAGUUCUAGAAUUGCAGAAUGUUUCUGAGAAUUCGGCUGAAAAUCAACAAGACAAUCCGAAUACUGAACAAGUUUCACAAAUGGUAUGAUUUAUUUUUUGAAAAUUAAGAAGGAGAUCCAGAUUGAUUGUUUUUUUUGCAGAACGAAGUUCAAGAUCUCGAAGCCGGCUCAAAUAUUCUAUCAACAUCAGCGAUUCCAAAAAACAAUGGAAAAAGAGCAACUGGAAAACAAGAAGUCAGAAAGAAAAGAAGAAUUGACUCAAAUUCUGAAAAAUCAUCGAAAAGAGGAAAAUUAGGUGAAGAACACAAAGAAAAUGAUAAUUUUGAAGAAUUUGAAAUGCGACCAAAAUUGAAUGAUUUAUUGAGAAAUUUUCCAAAAAUGGAGGUGGAAGAUAAUGGAAUUGUAAUUAUUGUAAGUUUUUUAUUUUCUUGAGAAGAAAUGUAGAAUUUCAUAAAUAAUUUCAGCAAGGUUCUCUCAAUGUGAAAAAUCGAAAAAAUGAAACAAAUUCUCAAGAAAACGGAUUAUUGAGUGCACAUUUGGUGGGUAUUAGUUGAAUUUAAGCUUAGAAAAAUGUAUUUUUUAGCCUCCUGAACCAAUCGAAAUGGAUUUAUUGCCGAAUAAAAGUGAAAAACCAAACGAGGAACUGGAAAUGAAGUUUGAAAUAAAUCGAGAACAAUCAUCGAACAUUUGCCGCAUUUGCAAUGUAAUAUUCAACUCAUCAAGUGAGAAAAGAGAAAUUCCAAAGAAAACCAAGGAAUUCUUACAAUGGUCGAAAGUGUUUGGUCGAAAAUUAACAGAUAAUAUUUUUCAAAAUGAUGCACCACAUUUUAUUUGUAUGUCUCAUGUGAGAAACAUUGGAAAUUUGGUUCAGUUUACUUUUUAAUUCUUUUUUUGUUUUUGUUAUUCUGUUAAUAAAAAUAAUUUUUUAAAAAGAACAUUACACAAUUCAAAAAUUUCUCCAAUUUUUUUCACAAAAUAUUCAUGCCAAGCUGCAGUAACCCAAAAAACACUAAUUUCUCAAUUUUUGAGCUGACAAGGAGUACUGUAACUCAGGUCGCAAAAUGGUAAUUAAAAAUUACGAACUACACGGAUUACUGUAGCCUCUAAGUUACGGUUCCAGAGUUUUUUUUUUGCAGAAUACAUGAUUUUGGAAUUGAAAAAUAUCAAUAAAAAUAUUUGAAUGUUGUUUUAUUUUUAUCACAUUUAUCGCAUAUCAAAUGACUCAUCCAAAUGUUAAUGUUUCCCUCCCCAUUUUUCUGUGUUUUUUUCACAGAAGGCUCUAGAAAAAAUAUAUCAUUUUAUUUUUCAUUCAUUUCUUUUUGAUCAAACACACUUUGCUAGACAAUUUUUUUAAAACCAAUUCGACACAAAAGCCAAUGUUAAAAGAAAAGCCGACUUGAGGGUGUCACAAAAGAAAAAAGAAAACACUUUUUUUGCCAAAAAAUUCAUAGAAGGUUUUUGUAAACAUCUGCCAUUGAAUUAUUUUUUUAAAAUAGUUGCAACUCCUUUUCUCAUACUGUGUUAUUUUAUUCUGUAACCUUAUUGAUAAUUUUGAUUUUGACUAAUAAGACCACCCAAGAAGCUUCUGACGUAACCCGGCCAAAGCUUGAAGCACAGAACCUUCUUGGGUGAUCUCGGUCAACCAUAAUAUCUUUUUAAUUUCCUUCUAAUCGCCAUUUACUUCAGAAAAUGCCAGCUUUUCACAACAUCAAUCAAAUGCAACAACAAGAUGUUCCAAAACGUAAUCAAGUGAGCAUAGUUCAAUUUUUUUCUAAUUUAUAAUUUCACUUAAAGCGUCACAAUUGUUGUUAUUGCUUACAAUUGAAACCCGAGAAACAAAUGACUAAAGUGCCAACAUCUGAAGAAUGGAAAAAUAAAUGGAUAGCGAUUCUCGGAGAUCGCUUUGCAAAAAAUAUGAAACGGAAAAAAGACGGGAGAAUCUGCAAAACCCACUUUGCAAAUCCCAAUUUCAAAUAUCGCAAGCGAGAUACACUUCCGAUAAAAAUGACAAUGGAAGAAGAACAAGCUUUGUUUGGAAAUGCGGUGAGUGAAAAAAGUUACCCAUACCUCACCCAGGAACCUGGAGAAGUGGGUAAAAAAUUGCCCGCCUGGGUUUAUGUACCAAUUUUGCCCACCCAGUAAAAAAAAUUUGCCCAGCUGAGGCUCACCUUAAAAACCCUAAAAUUUUUUGCCCAGCUGAGGCUCGCCUUAAAGACCCUAAAUUUUUUUUUGCCCACCUGGAAUUCCAGGUCUUGGGUGAGGUUUGAAAGUUACCCCUAAUUUUCGAGAUGAAGUUAAUUUUUGUCUUCGACAGAGUUGCUUGGAAUCAACAUCCGAAACAACCCAAAAUUUCGAAAGGCGAUCACCUAAUGAAGAUGGACUAUUUAUUCCGUCGCCAUGUAUUUUUGGACAAAACUUCUUCCAAAUUCCGAGACCACCGUUUGUGAGCAAUACUUAUCACUUUGAAAACAUUUUUUCAAUUGAUCUCACAACACCAAUUGAUUUUGUAAGUGAAUUAUGUGAAGCCAAUCCAAUCAGAAAUCAAGAAGAUGAAGAAGAAAUCUUGGAAAAUGUGAACCAACAUAAUCUAAUUGGAAAUGAUGUAAGUUAAAGUUUCUGAUUUUUCGGGCCGCUAUUCGGAAUUUUUCUUUAGCAAUAUGUACAAUUUUUUGCAGGAAACUCGUGACGAAAAUUCAAGAGUUGUAGAAGAAGAAUUGGGAAAUGUGGAGAUGGGUGAGAUAAUGUCACAAGAGGUAUGUUUUUCUUAUGAGCCACGGAAUUUUAUCGGGUGGUUAGGCUGAUAUUUCUGAAAUUGGAAGUUUAAAUGAGUUUUCAGGUAAUUGAUAUUGUUCAAAUUGGAAAAUAUGGAUUAUUGGGUGAUGAAGAUCUUAUGGACGAACAAAUUAUUGAAAAUGAUCCACUGAUGGUAUGAUUUUUCGGAAAAAAAACAAUUUGAAUUUUUUAUUUUAUUUUCUAGAACAGUGUUGUUGUGGAAACGGAUAAUAAUCACAGCAAAUUUUUUUCUACGUGACCUCAAAUAAAAAAAUCAUUGCAGAAUGUGUUUUUCACGCGGCACACACAUCUGGGCGGAGCCUAAUAAAAUCCUGUUUUUACUCGUUUUUUGAGGAUUUGAACCCGAAUUUCAGGGAAAAGUUGAUUUUUCACUAUCAGAAUUGAGCAAAGAAGGGUUGAGGGAGGUCCGGAAGACAGAUAAUUGCUUAUUAAUCUUCUAAUUCCGCUCAAAAUGACGUUUCUCCAUAUUUUUCUCGAUUUUCCCAGGAAAGACAAUAAACUUUUGAUUCAAAAAACUAUUACUACUUGAAAAAUUAUCAACUACUUCUAAAAAUGUAGUUUGAGCAUGUUUCCUUCGGUUUCGGCUUCAAAAACACAUUUUUUGUGAAAAAAAACACAAAAAAAGACAUUUUUUUGCGAAAAUACUGUAGCGACACGUGAAAUUGUGCAAUGAGAAAAUGCGUAGUGAAAAAUUUGCUGUGAUAAUAUUUCAUCAUUACAAUUCAAGGAUGAUCAUUUUGAUCGAAUUCCAAAUACUUUGACAGUGAGUUCAUAAAUCUCUAUAAAACAGAGAUCAAAAUGAGAAAAUUUCAGCACAAUAUUGCUGGAGAAGAAAUGGUUGGUCAAGAAAAUGUUGAGCAUCAAGAGGCCUAUCAAGCUGAAAUUGCUGUAAGUUGAAGUUUCGGACGGGACCUUACAUUCAACUCUCAUAUUUUCAGACAACCCAAAAUCAAUUGUUCAUGCCGUUACCACCUUUCUCUCAUCUUGCUUCAAUCGAUUUUACAACAAACGAUCAAGCGAAUCAAAUCAGAAAUCGAGAAGAACAAGGUGAAUAUGAGAAUGCAAGAAUGCUCGUGGGAAAUUAUCCAAUUUCUCAAAAUCAACUUGAUGAAGCUGAAAAUGAUGUAAGUUGAAGUUUUGUUGUCGGAGUUGCUAUUCUUCUAUGAAUGUUAUUUUUUCAGCAAACUCCUGGCGAAAUGAUAAAUGGAAGAAUUUUGGGAGGAGAAUUGGGAAAUUUGGAGACGGGUGAAAUUGGUGUAACUAUGCCACAAGCGGUAUGUUUUAAACUUUUUUUUGUCCGUUCUAGACCGUCAUUUUUUGCCGAUUCAUGAAAUUGUCUCAUUUUGCAGGCUGUUCGUGUGAAAAUCGAGCCUCAUCAAGUUGCCGAGCUAGCGAUCGUUGUCAAUGAAGAUCCGGAGAUCGAAAUCUUUGUCCCAAUCAGAACGGAAGCUCCUACUAUAACCACAGCAACAUGUCGUGUUUGUGGACGAAUUUGUGAUAUCUCGACAAUGUCUGCAAUUCCGACAAGAAGUCAAACACUUUUGAAAUGGAUGACAUUUCUCGGAAAUGAUUUUAUCAACAAUCUUUCAAACAAUUCUCCGAAUUUUAUUUGUGGUGUUCAUGUGAGACACAUGCUUGAUCAAGCUUGCAGGCAAUUAUAA